GCUAGCUCAUCUUCUCUUCUUGAACCCACCUGCAGAUCAUCAAGAUGGGGAGGCUCAGUUUUGGCUUGGAUUCUUUGUGCCUGUUUUCUGGAUCAUCAUCAUCAGGCUCUUGCUUUUGCAGCAAUGGUUUUGACAGUCCAGAUGAUUUUGAGAAGAAGCCUUUCAUUGGUCCUAAAGUAGGGCAGGUGGUCAAGUUGAAGGAUGUUGUUGCAGAACCUACCACCUUGGCUUUUCACCUCAAGCCUAAGACAGUGGUGCUAAGGGUGUCCAUGCACUGCAAAAGCUGUGCAAAGAAAGUGGAGAAACAUAUCUCCAAGAUGGAAGGAGUAACUUCAUACGAAAUAGACAUGGAAACAAAGAUGGUUGUCGUGAUAGGUGAUGUUGUGCCUUUCGAAGUGUUGGAGAGUGUUUCAAAGGUUAAAAAUGCCAGCUUUGGACCACUUCUCCUCACCUUACUUAAUUCAUCUCAUCUCUUCUCAUGUUUAUAUAUUGAAGUUUAUUUUGUAAAUUUCAAGUGGCAAUAUGAUGUUAAAAAAUCGAGGAAGUUGACCGCAUGUGUUUAGCUGGUUCAGUAUGCAGUAUUUAGGAGAAGGAAAAGAAUCGAGAAAGUUUAACUUAGCUUGUGUUUCAAUAAUAAUGUUUGUGAGAGCUCCCAAAAUUGAUAGCAA